AUGGUUAAGAGAUUGAACAGAACAAUUUUAUCAACGAUAGUAACAUCAGUGAAAAGUAAAGAUCAAAAGGAUUGGGACAAAAGAAUUAAAGAAGUUGAGAGAAAUUUGAAUAACACAAUCAAUAAAACUAUUGGGAAAACACCAUUUGAAAUACUUCAUGGGUAUAUGCUACGAUUUCAAGAUGGAGUUUUGAGGUUACUUGCUGAUGAAGAAGCAGAAAUUUGGAAGGAACUUGGAAAACUACGGAAAGAAGCUAGAGAAAAAAUUGUUCGAGAGCAAGAAAAAAUGAAAACUUAUUAUAACAAGAAGAAAUUGGGAUCUCUGUCAUUUGAACAAGGAGAAAUAGUAGUAGUCAAAAGGAAUUCAAAAUCUACAGAAGAACCAACCAAAACUCAACCUAAGUUUCGUGGUCCAAUGGUUGUGACAGAAGUACUUCUGGAUAACACUUAUAGAAUAUCACAACUAGAAGAAGCCUAUAUAGUCACUUUUAUACAUCAACUGCUCAUGUAA